AUGAAGAUUGGUAUUCCAAAGGAAAUCAAGGAUCAUGAAUUCCGUGUUGCCAUUACACCAUCCGGUGUCCAAGAAUUCGUUGCCAAUGGCCACGAAGUCUACAUUGAGCACAACGCCGGUGUCGGAAGUGGCUUCCCAGAUGAAAUCUACGUAUCCGUUGGUGCUAAAAUCCUCCAAACAGCCAAGGAAAUCUACGACAUUGCUGAUAUGAUCUACAAAGUCAAGGAACCACUUGGCCCAGAAUUAGAAAUGAUCCACGAAGGCCAGAUCGUAUUCACAUACUUCCACUUCGCCUGCGAUAAGGAAUUAACAGAAGCAAUGAUCAAGUCAAAGUCUGUUUGCAUUGCAUUCGAAACAGUUCGUGGACCAGAUGGCCGCUCUCUUCCACUUCUCGUUCCAAUGUCACAGGUUGCUGGAAGAAUGUCCGCUCAAGAAGGUGCUAGAUUCCUCGAGAGACCACAAGGCGGAAAGGGAAUUCUUCUCUCCGGCGUUCCAGGAGUUAAGCCAGCCAACGUUCUCGUUCUUGGUGCAGGCACAGUCGGCUAUUUCGCCGCCCUUUCUCUUGCUGGCAUGGGUGCAACAGUCACAAUCACUGAUGUCUCAAUCCCACGUUUGAACCAAAUCAGAGACUACCUUCCAGCUAACGUCUCAACACUCUAUAGCACAAGGUAUAACAUCGAGCAAGAACUUCCACACGCUGACUUAAUCAUCGGAUGCGCUCUUGUUCCAGGCUCAAAGGCUCCACAUCUUAUCUCAAAGGACAUGUUGAAGCUUAUCAGAGACGGAACCGUCCUCAUCGAUGUCGCUAUCGAUCAGGGUGGCUGCUUCGAAUCAUCUCAUCCAACAUCUCACACAGAUCCAACCUUCAUCUACGAAGGAAAGGUUCACUACUGUGUUGGCAACAUCCCAGGUGCUGUUCCAUUCACAUCCACACCAGCUCUUGCUAAUGCAACAAUGCCAUACGCCCUCCAGAUUGCUAAUCUCGGCUGGGAGAAGGCUUGCAGAAAUGACAAGGGACUUGCUCAAGGCCUUAACAUCGUCAAUGGAAAGGUUACAUUCAAGGGAGUUGCUGAUGCUUUCAACCUUCCAUUCGAGCCAUGGGCUUAA